ACAACGCAAAAUGCUCAGUACAAGAGCUAUUUCGCCUUGUGUCUCUCGUUUGAUUACCGCAACAGUUGUGAAUGUAUCACAAACCAUCAAAAUCCAACAACGCCGCUUCCUAGUAAUGAGAAAAUUCAAGUUUCAACCUCAGGAUAUAAUGCACUUUUUCAGUCAGUGAACGGAUUUGCACCGGCUUCCACAAACAAAAUGUUUGGAAAAACUCAAAUGAGAUAUAGCCAUACUGAUGUCGAAGUGCCAGAUUUCUCAUCCUACCGUCGAACAACAUCUAAUGAAAAAAGCCAACCACUAGAUGCACACAUGGGUCCGGCUUUCACCUAUGUUGUUAUGGCUGGUAUGGGAAUCACAGGAUUGCACACAGGAAAGAACGCAGUCAUAAACUUCCUACAAACAAUGUCUGCAAGUGCUGAUGUAUUGGCAUUAGCUAAGAUUGAGGUGGACCUUAACACAAUUCCAGAAGGAAAGAAUGCUGCUCUCAAGUGGCGUGGUCGUCCUUUGUUUGUACGCCAUAGGACAGCAGCCGAGAUUGAAGAUAGCAAAAACACAAAUCUCUCCGAGUUAAGAGAUCCUGAACAUGACGAUGACAGGGUUCAAAGACCAGAAUGGUUGGUGUUGCUUGGUGUCUGUACUCAUCUUGGUUGUGUACCCAUUUCAAAUGCUGGUGACUAUGGUGGAUACUAUUGUCCUUGUCAUGGUUCACACUAUGAUGCUUCUGGUCGCAUACGAAAGGGUCCUGCUCCGCUCAACUUAGAGAUUCCAGAGUAUACGUUUACUGAUGAAACUACUCUUGUUGUUGGUUAAGAUUCAGCUUAUGACACAAAAGACAACUAAAUGGAACCUUAAAAUAAUUGCUGUAUUUUAUGUGCACAGUAUCAUAUUUCUUUUUCUCUUUUACUUCCCUGAUACUUGUUGAAAAUGGAUAUUUAUACAAUGUAUAUGUGAUAAAUAAAUCUUGUAUUGCUCA